GCUGGGCCGCUUUCGGAGUCUCCAGGGCUCUCCUAAACUAACAGACGACUUUGCAUCACAACGACUAUUCGGAAGUCACACGACCGGGAUACCCGAUCGUUGCAAGGCCACAUUCUGCGCAGUUCCUGACAGCGCACUGAAGAGCCUGGCCAUUCCCGGCUGGCAAGGCUUGCAAUGCAGGGUAUGUAUAUGGAUCCAUUACGGCAGAGCAUAUUCACCAGUCAUGCAUGCCUGCUUCAUGUUUCAAGCUCUCGGAUUGUUCCGAGCGAUCCAGCGCGACAAACUAUUGCCGAUAACUCUGCUCCCGCGAAUGGACGCAACAAGGCCAUUGUUGAUCGUCUUUGAAUAUCACUAUUCUAGCUUUUGCGAUGUCCUGGUAGCAUAUUUCUAUUAUGCCAACCAGGCAAUACGGCGCUUGUCAGUCGGCGCUCAGUUGAGGCGGGUGUGUGUUCUCACGCUCCUUAUCCUCACGAUACAAAUGACAAUCGACAUCGGCAUCGGGAGACGCCAUCGAAAGACGCUACUUACAUCCACGUAUUCACAUCGAUCUACUCGUAGAGCCUCUCCCUCGAGAUCUGUGGAGACUGGUUCACGUAGCCCUUGCUCCGAAGACUCCUAACAAUCCGCUUUGUCUGGCCUUCUCUCCCGGGGUGCAGCGGUUUCCUUUUGCAUGGCUUGAUCCUGCCGAGACGUGCUUGAUCGCGCGGAAAUUCAGUUGCAUGGCUCCGCCUGAGUAUCGCGUAUCACCAGCUGCCCAACCUACGAGAUCUUACUUGUUGUAAACACCCUACCUGGAGACCGCUUCGUCUUCCUAGGUAGAAGAGAGAUAGUCCCCACGUCAAGCAGUACUUGAAGAUCUUGGCCUCGGUCGAUCUAGGUUAGUCCCAAUGAAAUCAACCAAUGCAUUAGAUGUCGCUAGCCUGUGAUCUGACGACUAGCACCGCUCGGAUGGUUUCUUUGGUAAUGUUGGAAUGCGAUGCAAAGUAAGACCUGGCCUUGAGUGCGACACAGACCACACAACAGUAGAGUGAGGACAAUGUAAGGAAAUUUUAUAGGAUACCUUUUUACCUACAAUCCAAGUAACGCUUAGUUAAAUUUUAGCUUUGGUUAUCACAAUAGCUACAAGUAGCUUGAAGGUCGCUCAUCUACCGCGUUUCCUGAAACGUGGGAGCCAUGCAGACGUUGUCAUCCGACCUCGCGUACAUCGGUUGUUAUCGAGGGUCUCGAUCUUGCGACUAAACAGAGCUCGAGGGGUGUAUUCGAAGGGCGCUGACGAAGUCAAGGGCGGCAUGACUCGAACUAUAGCCAGGCGGGAUACGUGUAUGGAGACAAGCUGAACAGUCAGUCUUGACUGUGAGCCCCAUCGCCUGGAAAGGCUUCGGUCAGCCUAUUAUUGCAGCAACGUGAACGUCCUAUUGUCCAUGCUAAUCGACGGUAAACAUGUGUUGGCUCCCCCUGUAGAAGUGCAAGCCUGGCGGGAAAGAUACGAUCGCAGGUUCGAGGUUGUUUGGAAGGGAGCGAGGUGGGCAGGAGGUCGUCGUCGGUGGCAUUAUCGUGUCGAAGUGUGUGAGGAAGUCUUCACAAUGCCUAAUCGAAAGCAGAGGCGGUGGCUAUCAGCUCACCGCUUUCGUGCUAAUCGCAACCGUUCGUUCGAAACUAGCUCUAUCGGACGUGCCGUGAGAGAAGCAAAUGACAUCGUGUGACUUGCAGGGCAGCGGUAGAUGAAACCGGUCUUAUCGAGCAAAAGGGCGGCUUACUAGUCCACAGACUGGCGGCAGCAGCUGUAGAAUGAGUCAAUGAGUUUGAACCUCUCGUUUACAACCUGCAUGAAGGCAGAGGGGCAAAUCCGAUACAAACACAGAAGGCGAACACGGUGUGCAGGAUCUAGGUGGUGACUUG